AUGACAGCCAACCAACCUGAGAAGUUUUAUCUUCUCACUUACCCUCGAACUGCAUCUAAUCUACUCGUUCGAAUACUCAACCUCAAAGAACAAUCCAACAUCCUAACCAACAGUCGCGGAGGAUAUUAUUUCCUAGAAGUCGGAGAAAGACAACUCAACCCUCUCAGAACCCGCAGCGCGCAUAUCGAUGCCUGGACAGAAACAGAGCGGAAAGAACUUCUGGAUUGCUACCAAGCAUGUUUUGAAACCCUGGAUACUCACAUCUCAGACUCCUUCCAAGUUGGAAAAUCGGUGUUCAUCAAAGAACACAUUCCGUGGAUCAUCUCCCCCGCUGCCGAUUCCAAACUCGCGUUUCCAUCUCAUCCCACCACCUCACCACCCAUCUGCCUCACUCCCGGUACACAAUCCAAAUUCAACGAAACCCUCUUCUCAGAUGAAUGGCUCGGAUCAUGGAAACCCACCAUCCUCAUCCGCAACCCUAUCCUCAUGAUACCCAGCCACUACCGCGCCGAAGUCGAUCUCAGCAGUCCCGAAGAAAUGGCCGCCAAAACCGCCGUGCAAAUGGUCAAAAUGAGCACAACCAUGAGUCGAGCGCGCCAAUUAUACUCUUGGUUCCGCACUAAAUCACCUCUCUGUCAAUCACCUGACGCCAAUGGCGUACAAUGGCCCAUCAUUCUGGACGCAGACGAUAUCAUCACGAAUCGUGGACUUGUGCGUAACUACGCGAAAUUAGUCAAUCUAGACCCUGACAAGUUGCAGUGGGAAUGGGAUCCCAUAUCCCCGGAACAGGAAGAGCAACUUGGGGGUGCGGAGAAGAGGAUGAGAGCUACGGUUAAUAAUUCUAACGGGAUUAUUGGGGGAAAGAUUAUGAAAGGCGUUGUGCUUGAGGAGGAGAUUAAGAAGUGGAAGGCUGAGUGGGGAGAGAAGGAGGGUAAGAAGGUGGAGGGUUGGGUUCAAGCUGAUAUGGUGGACUAUGAGUGGUUGAAGGCGAGGAGAUUGCAAUAUGGUCUGUUUUGUGCUAACUAA